CAGGAAUCCUUUUCGGUUAACAAAAUUUGCUGCAACUGCUAAAAGAACUUUUUUUUGACAAUGGCAGCUGCGGAAAAAAGUGCAAUCACUUUGGAGUACAAAGAGGAUAAAGUCGACGGGGUUUUCGACACUCUAGAAAUCCCAGUUGAAUCAGCCAAAGAAGGGAACUACGAAUCUUUGUUACAAGGAAUAUUAAGCAUGCAAAGCAUCUGCAACAUCAAAUUCACGGAUCGUAUGGCCUUUGAUAACGUAGACGAUGUUGAAGAAGAACAAGCCAUUCAGCUCUAAUAACAAACGUAACACAUUCUUAUUUUGUCUGACUUUACGCCCUGCCGGAGUGUCUGAAUGAACAAGUACGGUAAUUUAGCAUUGUUCUUGAUUGUGGGAUUUCCAUUUCAACAAAUUCAUACGUAACUUACAUGUACUCUUUAAGCUUCCGGAGACGUCUGGCACCCUCUUCCAACUCAUCAAACGUUUUACAGAAGGCAAAACGCAGGUACGUGUCGGCAAUGUGAGCGUCUUCGUCAGUGAAGAAUUCUGUCGGAGGAAUUGUAGCGAUACCAAUCUCCUUCAUGAGCCAAAGAGCAAUCUUGAAGUCACGGGGUCUGUCCUUGAUUGCGUCAGGGACGGGAUAGUCCUCGGGAACCUUGACCUUGGAAAAGUUAACCAUGGUGUAAUACGUUCCCUCAGGCUGCGAAUACGGCAAGCCGAGCUCGUCGAAAACAUCGGCCAAAACACGGAAACGCUUUUUGUAGCUGUCAACAUACUCGCUGAAGUAAUUGUACUGAUCGGCGACGGCUAAGGAGUCCGCAAUAGCCUGCUGCAUUGGUCCGUUCGUAGCAAAACAAAUACGAGUGUGUGCCGCUGAACAAUACUUAAUAAGAUGAGCAUCUCCAAUUAGCCAUCCAAUUCGCCAACCUGUAACGCCAAAAGUUUUGCCAGCGGAACCGACAGCGAUUACAUGUUUGAAGAGCUCGGGACGCAAUGUUGCCAAACGAGGAAACUCAUCAACAUAAGUUAAACGUUCGUACACCUCAUCUGAGACAACCACCAAAUUGUUUUCAAGGACCACGUCAGCAAUUUCCAGGAGCUCUUCUCUGGAAAAGACUUUGCCCAGUGGAUUGUGGGGAGUGUUAAUUACAAGCAUGCGAGUUUUGCUCGUUAUUGCUGCACGCAAACGUUGCAUGUCCAGCUUCCAUUCCGAAGCUGAAACAGGCCGUUCCGAGCCAGCGGCAGGAGGAAUGAUUGGGACAUAAACGGGAACACCGCCAUACAUCGUAAUGUUACUGAUAUACUGGUCAAAAAAAGGCUCCAUAACGAUUACCUCAUCUCCAGGGUUGAGAAAAGCAGCAAAUGCGCUUAAAAAGCCUUCGUUUGCGCCAGUUGUGACAAGAAUUUGGCUUUCGGGAUCAAGCUCACGGUUAUACAAAGGUGAGUAGGUCUUUGAUAAUUGUUUACGAAGAUUCAAACGGCCGCGAGUGUGUUGGUACUGGUUGCAAGAAACAUCAUCAAUGGCACGUUUUGCCGCAUCCAAAAUAAACUGAGGCGGAUUGUAAUUGAAAAAACCUUGACUAAGAGACACGGGAGGUACUUUGCAUUGUGCCGCUGUCUGGUUGAUAAAGGUCCAAACGUCUGGCCGAUUAGCUGCCAAACGAGCGCUGGGCAACAGAGCUGGCUUUGAGCCUGACAUAAUUGUUCGAAUAAAGCGCUUCAGCUUGAACUACGUUUAAAAAGAAAAGGAAACUUUUCUUUAAUCGGAAGUGAAAUCAGAUCGUAAACUAGCGUCCCUUGAGUUGCGCACCGUCUAUCAGCAAACAGAUGUGUUUCGGUUUAAUCGGUGAUGUGUUUAUAGCGAGACAAUUAUACCAUAUAGAUAUAUUCGGAACGCCGGAUUGUAAGUGAUGAGCCAGUCAUAAAGAAAUAGCGC